UGUAAUUUUAUUGUGGUUGGUAUCCAGCAUGCAUAUAAUUAGCCAUAAAGCUAUUUCUUAUCGCAAAUUUUAUUCAAUAUAUUCUGUCAUAUUUGAUAGUUCUCAGCAAACCUAUAACGGGCUAACGGUCCGCAACAUAAACGGGAUUGCAUUGUUGUCGCUGCAUGUCAUGAAGCGAUGCCGUUAAUUAGACAUUUUGCCAGGAUUGGUUGCUUUGUACAUUUUCACAAAUUCUGAGUUUCUGUUUUUUUUUCUCAUUGCUUCAAGGAUUUAUGAUCUUCCGCCAUUUUACAGCGGAAUUGCUGUGUUUUUGAGGCAGUAAGUAAGGUCUGCGAUGAGUGCCAAAGUUGAGCUGGAUUUUUCAGCCAAAAAAGCAGAUCCUACUCCCCUGACUGACUCCAGUGAUUCCCUCUCCAAUGACAGCCUGUCGAAGAAGACACGCCCACAGACCACCACAGCACUCAUCCUGCCAGCCCCAGCUCCUGCUCCUAGUACCCAGAAGGUGGAGGUCUCUCUGGGUGUUGCUGAAACAGGUAAUGGAGCCAUAGCUGGACAGGUGGAGACCCCCACUCUAGCCCCCCAGGUUGGGGGGACCUGUAGUAUCGUCCAUGUGCUGGAAUGGAAAGAAGGGAUAGCCAUCUUACCCAGCAGCAACCUAAAGUUCUGUGUGAGUGACUGUGGAACACUGGAGAUGAUCAGCCAAGGGAAUAUCACCAGCACUGAACCAAUAGUAGUGGUGUCUGGAAAAAUACCUGACUCUGAAAACAGGCCAAUUAACAAAACAGAUGUGGCGCGUCCUCUCAGCACUGUGGGUGGUGUGGCUGUGGAUCAGGAGAGGCCCAUCAAGACUGUGCCUAAGACCCAGGGAGGGACAGGCCAACAGGAGAGCUGUUAUCCAGUGGCACAGAGAACCUACCCGGAGCAACUACGCAGGGAACCCAUAACUGACAAUAGGGUGGGAGGUGCCGAGAAGAUUCCCGGGGGCAGGGUAGCGUCUCUGGACCCUGAGCUGCUGAAACCCAUGAAGAAGAGGAAGAGGAAGGACUACCUGAGUCCAUCGGAGGAAGAGUCUGAGCUGGAUGGCAUGGAUUAUUUGAAGACAGAAAGCGGACACAACAGAGCGGGCACUGGUGAAGUUAAGAUGGAGCUGUGGACGUGGGGACAUUAUCUGGAGGAGACCAAAUCAGUGGCAGCUCCAGCCAAACUCUUUCAAAAGUCUCAGCGGGUCCCACAGUGCAAAAGCAGCUUCCGCCAGGGCAUGAAGUUAGAGGGCAUCGACCCGCAGCACCCCUCCAUGUACUUUGUUCUGACUGUGGCUGAGAUUUGUGGCUACAGGCUGCGUCUCCAUUUUGACGGCUACUCAGACUGUCAUGACUUCUGGGUAAAUGCCAAUUGCCCCGACAUCCACCCUGCGGGAUGGUGUGAGGGCACUGGACACAAGCUGUACACCCCCAAAGGCUGCAAAGAGGAGGAGUUCUCCUGGGCCAGCUACCUGAGGAUGAGUAAAGCCCAAGUUGCCCCCAAAGAGGUGUUUGCCAGCCCUGGAAGAACUGAUACGGAGGGUGAUUUCGAGGUUGGCAUGAAGCUGGAGGCUGUUGAUCGCAUGAACCCCUCUCUCAUCUGCGUGGCGACCGUGACCGACGUGGUGGACGACCGCUUUCUGGUUCACUUUGAUAACUGGGAUGACACGUAUGACUACUGGUGUGACACCAGCAGUCCAUACAUCCAUCCUAUUGGCUGGUGCCAAGAGAGGAGCCUCCCCCUCACACCACCUCAAGGUUACCCAGACCCGGGCAGGUUCUCCUGGCCAAGGUACCUGGAUGAGACUGGCUCUACCGCGGUGUCUGCUGAGGCCUUUAAAGUACGUCCUGCUCAUGGCUUCCAGGCUCAGAUGAAGCUGGAGGCAGUAGACAAAAGGAGCCCCGGCCUGAUUCGGGUGGCCACAGUGGAGGAGGUCGACACACACCGCAUUAAGGUCCAUUUUGAUGGCUGGAGUCAUAUGUAUGAUGAUUGGAUGGACUCGGACCACCCUGACAUCCACCCGGUCGGCUGGUGUGAGAGUACGGGUCACCCGCUAAAAGUGCCCCCCGGCCCCAGGAAACCUGCAACCACAGGCCAGCCCAGUUUCUCCUCCAUGCCUUGCAAAGGAAUCAGCCACUCCAGAUCCACCAAGUACAGCUUCCAUCACAGGAAGUGUCCGACACCCGGAUGUGAUGGCUCGGGUCAUGUGACUGGGCGGUUCACCGCACAUCACUGUCUGUCAGGCUGCCCACUGGCUGAGCGAAACCAGGGCAGACUCAAGACCGACCUAUCAGAUACAGAGGGGAGCGGGGCAAAGCGGAGCAUCUUAGUCUUUGGCCAAAGGACCAAAAAGUCCCGGUACCAUGGCAGGAUUGGCCGUCCCCCUAAGUACAGAAAAAUCCAGCAGAGAACAUACCAGACGAUGGCCACAGAGGGUAUGUGCCCAUCUCUGUUCAUGUCUGCUUUGUCAGCCCACCCGGACCGAACCCUGUCUCUGUGCUGGGAGCAACACUGCAAACUGCUGCCUGGCGUCCAGGGCAUCAGCGCUACACAGGUGGCAGCGUGGACUGUGGAGGAGGUCUUUGGAUUUGUCCAGAAUCUGACCGGUUGUGAAGAGCAAGCCUGUGUCUUCAAAGAGGAAAUGAUUGACGGGGAGGCCUUUCUAUUACUGAAACAGACGGACAUCGUCAAAAUCAUGAGCAUCAAGCUCGGUCCCGCCCUCAAAAUCUCCAACGCCAUUUUAAUGUUCAAGAGUACUGACGAUGGCCUCAAGUGAUCCCGCCCCCACUCGGCCAGAGAUUCAGUGACCAGUCAUCAUGUGCCAAAAUCAUCCAGAAUCCUACCUGUUAUGUGUUUGAUGUUCAGUACCCAUCAGAGAGAGAGAGAGAACAGUAGAGGGGGGUUAGUGGGGGAAAGAGAUGAAGAAAACAGGGAAACAGUCUAAUUGAGGUUUUCUGUACGGUUGCUUCACUGCUCAUGCAAUAACAGGAGUCAAAUCAGACGGAUUCUUACCGGAAAGUGUAAGGAGCGUCGAAAGAUAUACUUAUUUUGAUUUAUGCAAAAUAUAUGGAAUUAUUUAUGUGCGAUUUAGUUAGAUAAAAAUGGGGAUAUUUUAUUGCCAUUAUUUUCCCCCAGAUUUGAAAUCCAGGGUGAUUUUAUGCUGCUGUUCUUAUAGUUGGUCACUAGAUAGAGCAAAUGGUCCGUUUUGAAUACCAGAAACGGUUUCAAGUUUCUCAAGCACUUACAAAUCUUAUGUGACAAAGUCAAAAUAAUGUUUCAAAAUAUGAACUUUGUUUGGAACAUUUCAAAAAGGAUAUAUCAAGAUAUCUGGGGAUUUAUUGUUUUGUGUCGGUUUUAUGUUUUAUGUCGGCUUAUACACUGUAUUUAAAUAGAAUGUUUACAAGGGCUUCAGGAUUCUUAGAACUAUAUUUCUCUCUGGUGGGCAAACUGUGUCAAGAUAUUCUUGGGUCAAAAUCAUUCAUUCCAUAUGAACAAAUAAAUGUCCAGUUCAAUCUCU